AUGCGUGUGGCUGCAGGUAGUGUGGGUGGCCGCGGUGGUGUGGCCACUGCAGCAACGCCUUCCGCCGCAACCCGAGCGGGUGGAGCCCCUGUCGUCAUAACGGAUCCGAUCGGCAGCCCCAAAGACCCCUUUUUUGGGUCCUCUGGAGCCGCUAUUCUAGAGACCCUGCAGCUUGACGAAUCGCAGCCGCCAACGGGCCCUUUACCCAGUGCCGCCAUGCCCGCUGGAUGGAACCUGUCAGGGCCCGAUUGGCAAACGGACCGCCGGGGCCGCGUAUCGCUGUCGACCUUUUCCAUCUUCGCCCGCCGCGCGGGUGCGGCCUGA